AUGACGUCGACCUUGAAGUUACUCGUCAGUAGCGCCAAGAAGUUCGCCCACGAAUCUAACGGGGCGCCUGCGCUCGAGCUAUUUCCCAAGACGGACCCUGCCGUCGACGGCGACGAUUGCGACCACGACUGCGAGAGCUGUCAUGUCAAGUACCCCAAAGGCUUCAAGGUUGAAGAGAGCGACGAGCUGUAUGGCCAUAUCAAGGGAUGGAGCACCCACGCCCUCGUUGCGACGGGUAAGAGUGAUUGGGUGAGGGACGUCGCGGACGAAAAGGGCAGUGUGAUGGAAGCCAUUGGCAAGGCCGCCGCACCCAGUAAUGGAAAGCUGAUGCUGUCCGCUUCCAACAUCCCUACCCCGACACACUCGAGCGACUACUCGGAACCCACGACCGUCCUUCUGCUUCCCGCCUUCGUCAUCAUCGACAACGUCACGCCCAAGAGCGUUCCCAAGCUCCUCACCGAGUUCGUCGGCAAGGCGCCGACCAACAGCUCCCCCCUCGCGCCCCUCACCCUUCCCGUGUCCGUCCCCGUGGACGCGUCCAAAGGUGCCGCGGAGAGCAUACCCCCUGAGAUCUCCCGGCGCCCGUGCCCGCACAGCGCGCUGAUCCUUCUCUGCUCACAAAAGACCCGCGACGCGCGGUGCGGGCAGUCGGCUCCGCUGCUGCGCAAGGAGCUUGAGCGCCACCUGCGGCCCCUAGGUCUCUUCCGCGACAUGGACGACGAGCGGCCCGGCGGCGUGGGAAUCUACUUCAUUUCGCAUGUCGGGGGCCACAAAUAUAGCGCCAACGUCAUGGUGUAUCGCCGGCCAGACGCGUUCGGCCUGGACGGCGUGGAGCGGGCGAAGGCGAGUGAGGACGAGCUCGUGCCGAAGCCGAGGACGGCGGCCCUUCCGGAGACGGAGGACGUGGGCGCCGCACAGUGCAUUUGGCUGGCGAGGAUCAAGCCGGAGGACUGCGAGAACCUGGUGCGGUACACGGUCCUACAGGGCAAGGUUGUCAAGCCCGAGACGCAGCUGCGCGGCGGUUUCGACCGCGCAAAGGGUAAGAUGAGCUGGUAA